GUUCAUAGAGAUUGUGAGUCCGCAGAGACUUUGUGUUGGCUUUGGUUGUUAAGGAUUUUGUCGUGAACCGGCCGCUGCAUCUACAUCGAAAUGGCUGAUCAGCUUACAGAAGAGCAGAUUGCUGAAUUCAAGGAGGCAUUUUCGCUUUUUGACAAAGACGGAGAUGGCACCAUCACCACCAAAGAGCUGGGCACAGUCAUGCGCUCUCUGGGCCAGAACCCCACAGAGGCAGAGCUGCAGGAUAUGAUCAAUGAAGUCGAUGCUGACGGAAAUGGAACGAUAGACUUCCCAGAGUUCCUGACCAUGAUGGCCAGGAAAAUGAAGGACACAGACAGUGAGGAGGAGAUCAGAGAAGCAUUCCGUGUCUUUGACAAGGAUGGCAAUGGAUACAUCAGUGCCGCUGAGCUGCGCCAUGUGAUGACAAACCUUGGAGAGAAGCUGACUGAUGAAGAAGUGGACGAGAUGAUCAGGGAAGCAGAUAUUGAUGGAGAUGGACAGGUCAACUAUGAAGAGUUCGUACAAAUGAUGACGGCGAAGUGAAGGCCUUGUACAGAUUUCGUAUAUAAAUAAUUUGCCUUUUUUUUCUUUGUGUAAUUUAUCUGUAAAAUCUUAAUAGCCCCCCUUUGUCCCUGCCCCUUCUGCUGUCCAAAGGAACUGCAUGUAAACUGCAUAGGCUCUUGUCCCCAUGUCCCUUUCUUUUGCUGUCAUGGUGUUUUGGAGUGACGGAACGGUCAUACAACCAGAUGCCCGUGGAGGCCCCUGGGAGCCGGAGAACUUCGAAUCUUCCUGUCUUGUGUGCUCGGGGCCCCUCCACGCAUGGCGACAUUGGAAACUUGUCAGCUGGUUGUCACUUGGCAACACUGUUGGCAUGGAAACAAUGUAGAGGAGUUUAAACUCUGCAUGGACUACGGACAAAGUAUAUAUGGAAAUCUCUCAGCAUUGCACUACUGCAAAAAAAAUGACACGGGUGUAUCUCCUAGGUACUCGUACAAACUCUUUUUGUAUCUGCUGUUCUAUAUACCAGAAAACAACUAAUCUUAUGCUUUUUAAUGUUUUACUCACAACUUUUCUUUUCUUUUUUUU